AUGGAUCAAGUGUCACAACAAGACAGUCCCUUAUCCAUUGCCGCCAAUGUUGCUGGUAUUCUAACUUUCAUUGUUGCCAUUAUCGCAGCAGCUUAUGUUCGAAUCACGUAUUUACGAAAUAGCGACGACGAAUACUUUCGAGUUAAGGCCUCUCUAUCGUGGUUUAAAACGGAAUCGACAUGGUUAGCGGAGCUCGUACGUGCCGCCGGGGAGAGACCAGGAGGUCGUCCCCAGAAUCAGCCAGAGUAUGAGAUGUAUGCCUUCGUUAUGGACGACCUCAUCAAGUUGGAACAACGCAUCUUGGAGCUAGUGGCUGAGGCCGAGAUCAAAGCCACAGGGCAAGAUGCCGAGAACCACGGCAAGUGGACACUCGUGCCGAGGAGUUGGAGCUUCACGACCAACGUCGCCAUGGCAUGGCUGCCAGUCCGCUCCAAGACUCUAGAGCUGGUUCGUCAGAGAGAAGCGCUGACGGGGCGCGUUCAGUUCACACAGAUGAGCAUGAUUUCCUCGAGAAUUCGCGAUUUGGAAUCAAGAACCACGUGGACUGAGACGAAGUCUGAAGAAAACUUUAUUCGAAUGGAGAACCAGAUUGCUGAGCAAAGGGCUCAGAUCCAUCGGCUGGAGGAUCUCGUCUCACGUCUGAUGCAUCGUACUCGACUCGCCAACGCAGCCGACCUGUCGAUAGCUGGUGCUACGAAGUCGCGACGGGUAUCCGCUUCCUCGCAACAAAGCCCAACCGAGUUGUGGAAAAGGGGGCGGGAACGGCGCCCCAGCUCCCAGUCUGUCAAGCGGUCAAGAUCCAAGUGA